ACUUCUCAUGCAUGAGAGUGCGGGAUUAAAAUAAAAACAUAGCUGUUCUCAAAGUAUACCUCAAUUAAUCCCAUAAACAAAUAUUAAGUCUCUAUAAAAAUUACUCAGAAAGUAGUACCAAGUACUUUCCUUUAAGUUUCUCAACAACGCCCUUAUAAUCAGCAAUGGAAGUUUCGUAACAAAGAUCUUCAAUAAAUCAGCAGUUGAUUAGCAUUAUCACAAAGAUCAGACAAUGAAAUUAUCAAUGACAAUAAAAUCACAACUAAUAACUAUUGUUCAUGUAAUUGCACAUCGACAAAUGUUAUCUUAUCCUUUCUUCUUUGCACUAUAAAUACUGGACCCUUUUCAGAUGUAGGUAUAGUUCAAAACGGAAUAUCCUGAAAGGAUCUACCUUCGAAGAAAAACAAUUGGUUGAUCAAGAUGAAGAGCCUGUUCCUAGCAGUUUUGUUGGUAGCAGUAGCUUCAGCAGCUACUAUCAAUGGAGAAAUAGUUGACGACCCUAACUUGCUUGAAACGUCUGAGGAGUUUGACUUGAGCGAUGACCUUGAUGUCAGCAAUGAUCCUGACGUUGCUGACAUGACUGACGUCGCUGACGUGACCGAGGUUCCUGUCAGUGAGGUUACUACUCCGAGUAUUGAUGCAGCCACGUGUUGCAGCGUUGGUGCUCGCAGUGGAAGAGUCCUCGUCAGAUCCAACCACGUAAGGCGCGGGAAGCCAAAUGUGACUUACAUUCAGAAUAUAACUUUCCGAACCGGUACUCGUCGGAUCACUGCUAUUCAGAUCAUACAUAUUGGUGCUGUGCAAGGCGCCAGAGCAUCCAUAGUCUCUGGAGGCCUGAACCGCAACCAUGUGACCAUCAGACUACAGUCAGCUAGAGGACGCGGAUACAACUUCAAAAUCGUGAUCUACGGACGUUAAACUAGAAAUUAGGGAGUUUUAUGAGCAUUCGAUAUGGAUGUUAAAUGUACAAGUAAAGGGUGUUUGGUAAUUUGUUUUAAGUUAAGACAUUAAUAAAGCUAUUUUUAUAAACAA